UGUUCAUCAUGUUGCUUGCAUAUUUUUUGUCUAACAAGCUGGAUACUUCAGUUUUGAAUAUAAACAUUGAGUAGGUGCUCAAAUAUUUUGCUAAUGAUAGUUUCCAACUUGCUUUUUAGCAGAACUACAGAACUAUUAGCAGCUUUUAAUUAUGUGUACUUAAAAUGGAUUUGGUGUCCAGCACAUGUGGAGUUGAGAUCAGAGUAAUGACAUCCUGUAUGCGCUUGGACACCCAGCAGAUUGAAAAUAUAGAAGCAAAGAUAUCCAAUACGAGGCCACGAUGCCCGACAGAGAUGCAGCCAAACGAGGACGGAUCCAAGGUUGAGUACUGGGUGUGGAACCCCUUCAGAUCCAAGUUGGCUGCUGUUGUACUCUGUGGUGUGGACAACAUCUGGAUUGUCCGAGGAAUUACAGCUUGGGGACUUGGGAGGCGACCGUAAAAGCGGUGUGCUACAGUGUAAUGCAGUAGCAAUAUGUGAAGAUUUUUUUUACGGAGGGGGUUAAUAAACAAUCAGAAAAUUCUUUUGCCCCCUCAGAAGACUAUGUUCCGUGUUUGGCCCCUCUGGGCAUUGAUGUGAAGCUCUACAGUCGUGUAAUAUGACCAAACUCAUCACCUCG